GUGACCUGCCAGUAUUAGUGCAUUUCUUUAUACUCUCCGUUCUUACUAUCAGUCACUGUCGGCAUCAUCUUUCGAGUGCUUGACAUCCACAUAACACCAAAAGGCCUGUGGAGUCUUCAAAAGAUUCCAGAAAUCAGUCUUUUUGCAUUGAUACAACCUAUCCCUGACGCUCGCGGAGCCGCCCAGAGUUGGAACAGAGUUCGGGUCUGUCAACACGAGUCAUACGCAUGCAGGAGGCAGAGGAGCAAGACACAUGUCGAAUCUGCAGUGCGCCUAGCGACUCGGAUCAGCCGCUCUUUUAUCCCUGUAAAUGCUCUGGCACCAUACGGUAUAUACAUCAAGAUUGUUUGACUACAUGGUUAUCACACAGCAAGAAGAAGACUUGCGAUGUCUGCAAACAUCCAUACUCAUUUACAAAAGUCUAUGCAGCUGAUAUGCCCUCCACGCUUCCACCACUUCUCCUGUUCCGCCGCUUAGCUCAGCAGGCUUUGUUUGCCGUCCUUUUCGGUCUGCGGGCCAUUAUGGUCGGAACCGUCUGGCUUGCCGUGCUACCGUGGAUCACCAUUUGGACAUGGAGAGUUUAUUUCACGAUGGGCGAGUCAACUGCAUGGUGGAUAAGUGGUCGUGGUCGACCAUAUGCUGAUUUCUUUGGGAUGAACGGUCCCACUACUUCUUCGAAUGGCUCCUUUACUGGUCUCGGACUUCCUUCCAACGCCACACUAUAUCAACGGGUUUCCAAUCGCCCAUUCUGGUCGAUGCUAUCUGCUGACAUUUUCGCCGGACAAAUAAUUGCCUCCCUUAUUGUUUUAAUAUUCGUUGCAAUAUUUCUUCUUAGGGAAUGGAUUUCGCAGAAUGCUCGGCCAGGGGUAUUUGAGGAUGAGGACGGCGGCGCAAUACAUCCUGCCCCUCAACCUGGUGACCCCCCCGCAGCUGCAGUAGAAGAGCCUGCCAACGUACAUAUUCCAGAUGAGAAUGGUUUUGCUCGUAAUGGCCUUCGUGAAGCAGCUCUCGAUGCCCGACGUCAAGGGAGAGCCAUACGCGCUCGUCAAGGUGCCGGUAUCGCCCAAAGGCAAGGUCUACGCCAGCGUGACCCAUUCGAGAUAGACCGACAUCAGGCUCUUCGAAAUCGUCCUCUUGACAGACUUCCCUUUCCUCUUGAGUCAGCCCCUCAACUUCCCCAAGUUCCCCGAGAGCAGCCACCGCCGUAUGAACCAGACCAUCAGCCUCGGAAAGGAAAGGGCAGGGCGGAAGAAGCUGACGACACCGAAGAAGGGUCCUCAGACCUUCAUUCCCAACGCCGUAUCCGCAGGAGGAUUCACACCGAGGAAGACGAGAGUAUGUCUCAUGAGACGGCUGAUAGUCAAGACGGUCAACCCUCCACUUCGCUCAAUGGAGGGGAGGCAUUGACAUUCCCCUUUACCUUCAGGGCUUCUAGCUCCAUCAGCUCGAAUUUUCCAGAACCCUCUAGCAGUAGUGAUUCCGUCGUUGGUCCAUCAACCUUCAAUGAGAAGUAUCCCUGGGAUGCAGACUUCCACAUUGACUCGCAACCAACUUCUUCGUCUGUUUCCCCUCCAACGACGCCUGCACUUUAUGUCAAUAUUGGUACUCCGCUACGACGACCUCCCAUGGCAAGCUCCACUGUUUUCGCGGAGGGCGCGACACCUAACAAGCUUCAGCCAAGUCCAGCGCUGCCGCUAUCUUCACCGAGUCUCGCAAUGUAUCUCGCGCCAGAAGAGCUGGAAGCUGGACCGUCAUCAUCUGGACCAUCGGGGUACUUUGACGGCGGCGAGCGCUCGAAAGAGGAACUCGAAGAAGAAUUGGAAAGCUUCUUCCGUGAUCCGGAGUCAGCUAGCCCCGACUUACCUCUUCCAUCUGACGCGCAGGAUCAAACCGCUGUUGCCACCAUACCAGACACGCUCCUCGAAGAGAAUGACGAGGAAGACGACGAUGAGGGGGAGGACGAUGAUAUUCCUGUACAAGCACCUGCAGCCGAGGUUGAUCGGGUGCUGGAUGAUGAGGACGACGAUGAGGACGAGGACGGCGACGGCGAUGAUUUGAUCAACCCUCGUGACGAGAACGUCGGUGCCCCUCCUCAAAUUCAAGUUGUACUCAACCAGCCUGGUGACAUGGAUGAUCUAGAGCCAGGGGUCGAGGAUGAUUUGGACGGAGCUAUGGAAGCGAUUGGAUUGAGGGGACCUAUCCUCGGGGUCUUUCAAAACGCGGUCCUUAUGGUCUUCGUCCUUGACACCGCGAUUGGCUUCGGUGUAUGGCUUCCAUUUACCUUUGGAAAGACAACCGCUCUAUUAUCGCUCGAUCCUCCACGGGCACUGUAUAUUCUGGAUCUCCCAAUUCGAGCUAUGAGAGUCAUUACAGAUCCCAUUGUGGAUUUUGUCACAGUCAUUCUUGGCCUCUUUGUCUUCCCUAGCCUGUAUUGGUCCAUUCGCCUGGUUUUGAACAUUCUACUCCUCUUCGCUAGACAGCAAGUCAGCUCUGACGACAUUAUCGAGUGGACGAUAAUGAAGAUCACAACCAUGUGGGAGAAUGUUGUCGCAUCCUUGCAAGCACCCUCGUCUUCCCCUACCACUUCGUUGUCACAGCGUCUCGAAAGCUUCUUGGAAAGUGACUCAGUAAUCGCACGGUACUCGGAACCAUAUUUUGCGACUCUGGGCCGCGAGGUUCGAUCUGCCUCCGAGCAAUUGCAGACUUCGUGGGUCAACCUGACCAUGGGGCAAGGGACCCGCGAAAAGGUAUUCGCUAUUCUACUGGGCUACGGCGUAGUUGGUGUCCUUCUUGCUAUUUACCUAAAUGUGUUCACUGUUGGCAACGCAAGAAGUGCGGGACGAGCUAUCCGGAGUGCAGUACGGCAGCAGCUCCUGGUGGUGAAAGUGGCCAUGUUCAUUGUUAUCGAGCUUGUGAUAUUUCCCUUGGGAUGUGGUAUCAUGCUCGACAUCUGUACAGUUUGGGUCUUUCCUGAAGCCUCCCUUGAGUCACGUGCUGCCUUCUUUACUCAAGCCCCAUUGACGGCGAUGUUCUAUCACUGGGUUGCGGGAACUAUGUUUAUGUACCAGUUUGCUAUUCUCUUGGCUGGAUGUCGAAAUAUCAUGCGCCCUGGAGCCAUGUGGUUUAUUAAGGAUCCUCAAGAUCAAAACUUCCACCCCAUCCGUGACAUCCUGGAUAGGCCUACAUUCACUCAGUUCCGCAAACUCCUCAUUAGCGCUUUUAUGUACGCCAUGGUGGUCGCGUGUGGAGUGGCAACUCUUGCUGUGCUACUUUUCGUUGGUAACAGGUCGAUUUUUCCUCUUCGGUGGAAGACGCGCGAACCGAUUUCCACUGUCCCCGUAGAUCUCAUUUUCCUACAGUAUGCUUUGCCAUACACGAUGCGUUACCUCAGGCCCAGGAGAUUUUUCCAUCGGUGGGCCGUCCGUAUCUGGAAGCUAGUAGCAGGAAGGUUGCGUCUGACGUCUUACAUGUUUGGCGAACGCCACUCGGACGAGGAAUUCACGGCACAGUUUGACAGUUGGAUCCCUUUCCUCCGCAGGUCAUUGAGCGACAUAGAGGCUGCUAGCAAAACAUCCGAUGGAACCUUCCGUCGUGUGCCCGCAAGCGACAACAUCGCACUCCCGAAGGAUAUGCGUGCCACUGCUGAAGUGCUGGAGGACGGCACUCCCGCCAAUCCUGUUGCAGAAGAGCUCGUAGCAGCACAAGAUGCAGAAGCUGCAAAGGCCAAGCGUGAUAUCAAGAACGAUUAUCUCGUUGUAUACUUCCCACCCAACUUCCGAUUGAGAAUCUUCGGUUUCAUUGCCUCUGUCUGGGUCAUCGUUGCGGUGUUGGCUGCCAUCUUUAUUGCAGUACCCAUGCAACUCGGUCGUCACUUCUUCUGUCUGUUCACAUCGAAAGAGCUACAUGAUGGCUACUCCUUCCUCGCAGGGCUCUACCUUCUUUGGGCUUGCUAUCUCGUGGUCAAAACUGUGGAACGUAUGGACAAACGCAGACAACGAAGAGGUGGUGAUGGGCCAAGAGCUGAGUUCGCAGUCUUCUUCGUGAAGCGGAGCCUCCUUUGGCUAUCCAAAAUUGCCUACAUGGGGAUAUUUUUGGGCAUCAUCAUCCCCAUUCUCUUCGCACUCGUCAUCGAUAUGUACAUCGUCAUGCCUGUUCGUCUGACUCUUAACCCAACGCUGGUUAUUCACAUCCGUAUUGUUGACAUGUGGGCCCUCGGUCUUGUGUAUGGCAAGAUCUUCAUGCGCAUCAACCGGCGGCCUCAAUUCGAUGUUGGGCGUGGAGUGGUUACGAUCAUCAACAACGGCUGGACUCAUCCAGACCCCAAACAGGCAACAAAGGAAGUAAUCAUUCCGCUCGUUGUUGGGUUGCUCGGUAUGCUAGUCCUCCCUGCUGCCGCAGUGUGGGGCCUACGAGAAUUCUUCGAUCUGCCCUUAAGUUCUAAAUUUAUGUUUAUGCACGCAUAUCCAGGCAUGUUCGCCGUAGUAGGCUUCUAUCGGGCAUCAGUGGCCACGUUGAGGUUGUUAUCCUCCUGGUCACAGGCAAUUAGGGAUAAAGAGUUCUUGGUGGAGAUGCGAUUACAAAAUCUCGAGCCUGUUGUGGCAAGCGAAAUGAAUGCACAAAAAGAAGAGGCGGAAGGUGAAGGGACCUUAGUCUAUUAUCGGAGGGCGUAGACAUUAUGGCCUGAUGUAUAACAAUAUAUUUUUUUUUUCACGUUGACCGGUCGAAUCGGACGGGUACGUGAAUACGUGGAUGCCCGUGGACGGCAGCCAGAAGGCAGGGGAGACAGGGGUCCGAAUUUAGA